AUGGAACAAUUGAAAAAGUCCCGACCCGUCACAUCGUCGAAGUACGUCCAGUUGCCUCUUCACGCUCCUUAUCAUGCCCGCCACCUCUACUCAGAGCAGGACAUGGAAACAAUUCUCACGCCAAGUAUUCUCAUUGUGAACGAAAAAAGGGACUAUAAAGCUAUCCCGGUUAUAUCAGCUUCAACUGGCAGGAUCAAUAUCCCUUCAACGAUGAAAUCUGCCCUGGAAAUAGCCGUCCGCGAUAUACUACGUGAUGAGCUCCGAUUAGACUUGGUUCUAAAGUCUCUGUCUACCGAUAUAAUAGAGCUAUCAGAUACCGACAAAUCGAGUAUUAUACUUGUUCCAAUUGCAUCAUCAGCGGUAAAUGGAUUGGCUGCCGCUUUACAGGACAGAGGUAUCGACGUCAGACUAGACAUGGAUUCGGUUUUGGAUCAUGGAAUACCAACCUCUAACCACAUAUAUCAAGCUUCUUUAACCAAAACUGCGGUUCCGACACCUAUCGCAAUUGUGGGAAUAUCCGGACGAUUCCCGAGCGCCAGUAGCAUGGAUGAAUUCUGGGAUGUUCUUGCAAAGGGACUUGAUGUUCACAAGACCGUACCAUCUCAAAGAUGGAACGUUGCUUCCCACACAGAUGCAACUGGUAGAAAAAAGAAUACGAGCAUCACACCAUUUGGAUGCUGGCUCGAUGAACCCGAACUAUUUGAUGCGAGGUUCUUUGGAAUCUCACCACGAGAAGCAGCCCAAAUCGACCCAGCGCAGCGUUUAGCGCUUGUGACGGCAUAUGAAGCUCUCGAACAGGCAGGCAUCGUUCCUGACGGUAGCCCAUCAACCAAAAGAGACCGUGUUGGGGUUUCCUAUGGGGUUACGAGCAAUGACUGGAUGGAAACCAAUAGUGCGCAGCAAAUCGAUUCAUACCUCAUUCCUGGGGGCAAUAGGGCUUUUAUACCUGGCCGAGUCAAUUACUAUUUUAAAUUCUCAGGUCCAAGUUAUUGCAUUGAUACUGCUUGUUCCUCUAGUCUUACUGCCAUUUAUAUUGCCUGCAAUUCAUUGUGGAAGGGAGAGGCAGAUACCAUAAUAGCCGGGGGAACGAACAUCAUAACGAAUCCUGACUUCACUGCCGGGCUAGAUCGUGGAUUCUUCCUGUCUCGCACCGGGAACUGCAAGACAUUUGAUGAAACGGCGGAUGGCUAUUGUCGAGGAGAAGGCGUUGUCACGUUGGUUAUGAAGCGGCUAGAAGAUGCGCUGGCUGAGAAUGACCAUGUGCUAGCAGUAAUAUCUAACGCGCACACAAACCAUUCCGCGGAGGCGGAGUCAAUCACCAGGCCGUUUUUCGGUGCCCAGAAAUCGGCUAUCGACCACGUUCUCGCAGGCGUCAACCCGGACGAUGUUUCUUACGCCGAAAUGCAUGGGACAGGCACGCAGGCCGGUGACACCACCGAGAUGACCAGCGUUCUAGCCUCUCUGGCACCGGCGACUCAUGAAAAAGGGUCUAGACAUCAUCCCUUGUAUCUAGGUGCAGCUAAAGCCAACGUAGGCCACGGUGAAGCUGCCGCGGGUGCUACCAGUCUUGCAAAAGUAAUCUUGAUGAUGCGUCAUGACACGAUUCCACCCCAUUGUGGAAUUAAAACAAGGAUAAAUUCUAAAUUUCCUUCGGACCUAGCUUCACGGCAAGUUUUUAUUGCAUCCAAGCCAGUAAUUUGGAAACGAGAUGGGGUGUCACCACGCCGAGUCUUGGUCAACAACUUUAGCGCAGCAGGUGGGAACACCACUUUACUCGUUGAAGAUGCACCUCCAAAGCCGAAAAUUGACAAUGAAGGUAGUCUAAGGAGAGACCCUCGCUCAAUCAGCGUUGUGACUGUGUCUGCUAAGAGCUCGCGCUCACUUAUGAACAACUUGCAAAAGAUGCUGGAUUUCGUAAGCUCUGAUAACCAGGAAAGACCCUUUGAUCUACCGUCCCUGGCAUAUACCACGACGGCACGGCGGAUGCAUCAUGCCCAUCGUGUUGCAGUUACUGCAAGCUCUCUAGGAUCUUUAGUCGAAGAACUCAAACAUGCACUAGACACGAAAGUUGGCAAGAAGAGAACGGUUUCAGCUCCCGCAACGAUUUUCGCGUUCAGCGGACAAGGCUCCCAGUACAUUGGGAUGGGCAAAGUUUUGUUCGAUACGUUUUCAUCCUUCCGUACCGAUAUUCAUCGCUAUGACCAGGUGGCUCGAUCACAUGGUGUUGCUUCGAUUCUGCCAUUGAUUACGUCAACGACAGGAGAUAUUUCACAAUUUUCCUCUUCAACUAUACAGGUCGCUACAGUCUCCUUACAAAUGGCUAUAUCCCGUUUUUGGCGUGCAUGCGGCAUACAGCCUGCUGCAGUUAUUGGUCAUAGUUUGGGACAUUAUGCAGCACUCAACUGUGCAGGUGUCCUCUCGGAAACAGACACAAUUUUUCUCGUCGCUGCCAGAGCCCAGUUGCUCGAGAAGAAUUGCAGAUCUGGAACGCAUUCCAUGCUUGCCGUAAAGGCAUCGUUGACAGUCCUAGAAAAUUUCCUGAACCAUAAUCACAUGGUUGAAGUCGCUUGCAUUAACAGCCCCGAAGACGUCGUUCUGAGUGGCCUACAUCAAGACAUUGAGGACUGUGCUAAAACACUUCAAAGUAGCGGUAUCAAAGCUAUCCCACUUACAAUCCGUUAUGCAUUUCACUCGGCUCAAGUAGACGGUUUGCUGGAAGAAUUUGUAGUACGAGCCCGGGCGACUUCAUACCACGCUCCUUCGGUACCUGUGAUAUGUCCGCUGGAAGGAAAGAUAAUUGACAAAAUCGGCGCUGUUGGACCUGAACAUCUAGCAGCUCACUGUCGCGGUCAAGUUAAUAUCGUCCGCGCCAUGGAUGUUGCGGACAGAGGAGGUCUAUUAUCGCGUAAUUGUUGUAUCCUGGAGAUUGGAGAUCAUUAUACGUUCUCAAAUAUGUUCAAAUCGAUUUUUCAAAAAUCAAAUACGCGGCCAGAUAUCAAGAUUAUGCCUUCUAUGAUAAAGCACAUAAACACUUGGAAGACGGUCUCGGAGGUACUCUCUUGGCUUUACAUGGCUGGAGUGGAUAUACAAUGGCGCGAAUAUCACAGAGAUUUUGUCUCAACCCUGGAUCUCAUCUCAUUACCAGCCUAUAGCUGGGAUGCUGAGCCGUACUGGAUCCAAUAUGUCAAUGACUGGUCUCUGCGCAAGGGUGAUCCUCCGAUCAUUUACCAGAAUGGCGAGGAAAUGUCAACUGCAGUUCAGCCCCUAGAUACUACAGUUUACGACACUCUACAGGAAGAAAUCGGACAAACAUCGGGACUCCUUGUUGUGCAAUUGGACUUAUCUAGGGAUAGUAUGAAGGGUUUAGUCCAGGGACAUAGAGUCAAUGGAAUACCAUUGUGUACACCGUCCGUAUAUGCCGAUAUCGCGUUCACCUUGGGAACAUAUCUCCAAAGACGAUACCAAUCUGUAGAAAAUCGAAAGGUAGUGACUAUAUGCGACAUGGUACUCGAAAGGGCUCUUGUGGCUCAAGCAACGAGCCCACAGUUGUUACGCACGACAGUAGAAGUUGACUGGUCCAAGGAAACGGCAAUUUGUAGCUUCUUAAGCGUUGAUCCAAAAAUCACUGACUGGGAACAGGUUCAGGGAACAACGCUUUUCAAGCACGCCUACUGUUCCAUAAAAUUCCGUCAGGAACACAUACUCAAACCCCAACAUGCAAAAGAGGUACAGCGCAAGAUUGAGAAUCUACGCGAAGGAGUUGCCUCAGAUAGGUGUUACAAGUACAAUAAGUCAAUGAUAUACCGCAUGGUAGCGACUGUGGCGGAGUUCGACUCUAAGUACAGGGGACUGAAAGAGAUCAUUCUUGACAGCAACGCCAUGGCUGCGAGUAGUAUUGUUGAUUUCCGAGCCCUUACAAAUCUGAAAAGCGACUCGCUGUGUUCGCAUACCCAUCCGGCCUAUAUUGAUGCCUUCUCCCAGGUCGCUGGGUUUGUGAUGAAUGCAAAUGAUAAUUCCGAUCUUGAAAAUGAAGUUUUCGUGAACCAUGGCUGGGAAUCUCUUGAAUUAUACACUAACAUUGAUCCCAAUAUCCCAUACCAAUGCUAUACAGAAAUGUCGAGAUUCGAAGGUAGCUUAUAUCAAGGUUCGAUAAUCAUAAUCAAUGGCGAUAGCGUGGUCGGAAAGUUUGAGAACAUAAAACUCCUCGGGGUCAACAAGAAGAUAUUACAUUCCAUUCUAUCACUGGGAUAUAAAGCACCAUCGCAAGUUAGCGCACAACCUCGCGAGUCCAAGUCCUUCAUCCAUACUCCGUCUACUGUUUAUAGUGAUGAAAGUGAAUCCCUACUGGGAAGUAAUGUGAAUGCUAAAAUUUCCAUGAUGUUUAAAAUCAUCAGUGAAGAAAGCGGCGUGGGUGACGAAGACUUACAAGAUGACACACCUCUCGCAUCCGUUGGAAUAGACUCACUUUUGUCGCUGAUUAUAACCAGCAGGCUUAAGGAUGAUCUCGGAUUCUAUACAAAUUCUGGGAUUACCGUUUUUGACGAAUUUCGCACGGUAGGCGAAUUGAAAAAUGAGGUCAUCAAGUUCUUCAGUCCCUCAUCAACAUUGUCGCCGUCAUCAAAAACGAGCGAUUCUUCGACAAUUGUCUCUACAGGAAGUUCUUCACCUGUGGUGACUGAGUCAUGCACCAUAGAAACAUCCCAGGAGAGGCACACACAAUUCAAAGACUCAAAUGACAUAACCACAAGCUUCGAGAGCCGCUCGUCAGUCAUCUUACAAAGACCUUCAGUUGCAUCCAGUGUGGAAGUUAGAGGAAAAAUCUUGUUUCUUUUCCCAGAUGGUUCAGGCUCCGCUCUAUCCUACGUCGACAUCCCCCGUGUAAAUGAAUCUGUGACCAUUAUAGGUUUAAUAUCACCUUUUCGAAAACAUCCAGAAGCCAUGAAGACAUGCAACCUGGAUGAACUCAUCUCCAUAUAUUUGGCUGAGAUUCGCCGUCGUCAGUCUUGCGGCCCGUAUAACCUGGGCGGUUGGUCCGCUGGAGGCAUUCUCGCAUUUCGCGCAAUGACUGAGUUGAUACAGCAAGGUGACACUGUAGAAAACCUGGUCUUAAUCGACUCACCAGAUCCAACCUCAGGGCUCGGUCGGCUUCCUCAAGGGUUUUACGAUCAUUGUCAGGAGCAGGGCAUCUUUGGUCAGAUUGAGAAAAUCAACAUUGAGAAUAAUGUCAAAAGCGGUUUUGCGGAGGAACAAGCUGGUGGUCACUCUAAAGACUACACACAGGUUCCCCCAUGGCUGAUUCCGCAUUUCAAUGCUACGAUUGAUAUGUUGCAUGACUAUCACGCUAAGCCCCUGAUGAAACAUGGCGAAAACAUUGUUGAGCCCCGAGUAUCGAUUUACCUGGCUACAGAUUGUGUUUUCGAUGGGAAUGACUAUGCUAGCUUCCCUACCAUGCCGGGAGAAGCUGCUCACAACACGAAGUUUCUGACAGAACCACGCACUGACUUCAGCGCAGGAGGGUGGGCACAACUUUUUCUGGGACAAGAAAUCCAAGUGCAGCUUGCACAUGGUGCGAAUCACUUUUCGAUGAUGCAUGGGAAACACGCUGAAGCACUUGCACGAUUUAUCAAUUCCGCUUUAGCGUGA